AACACCCUCAUCCAACAAGAACACAAUCAAGUCUACAAAAUCACUCAAUUCUAUUGCAGCUCACCAGUAAGUUCUCAAAACGACACACACCUGAAACUUCGGCGAUACUCCACCAUGUGCAAGUAUGAAAAAUUCAUCUUCCCUGUGUGUUGCGGUCACAUCGAAGAAAGGUUAAACAGCUACUGCCACUUUUCACGUACCGACCCCGACCACUAUUGCGGAGAGAAGAGCAAACCAAGAACGUAUAUAAAUGGGGGUCCAUGGCCUCAAGAGGGACCUUGCAAUUCCUGUAUCAGCACUGCCACUCAAGAGCAGAUGGAGGCAUGGGCACCAGACCCUGUGAAGAGGGACAAAUUCAUCUUUCAGUUCCAUCUGGAUAUGUUGGAGGCUGCCCGUGAGCCAUGGCGAAGGGCACAGCGAGCGCAUUUUAUCAGGGUUAAGGAUGAUAAUGCAUGGGUCUAUAGACAACUUCGAAAGAAUUGGAAGAACGAGAUGGCAGCCGCACAAAAAGCUGCAGAAGAGGGCGACAUAAGAACGCCUACGCAGGAAGACUUCAUGGAAGUUGAUCGAGCUGGGUCCUCUUCGCAAGGCGGAAACGCGUCUGGCAAGUAGCGAAAUUAGCCCAUGUGGACAUUCUGCCACAGCGCCCCUUCUAGUGGCUGCUUCAACAUCAUAGCAGGCCUAUAGCCUGACUGCACUCUAGCUUUUAGACACUGAAAAAUUAGACCUUGUCGUCACC